UAUGACCCAUUAUUUUUGGUUAAACUUUGUGUCUGUUAAUAAAUGAUGGUUACUUUUCAGUUUAAACCUCGGUGUGUCUCUAUAUUUGUUAUGGCCAAGAGCCGGGCCGUGACAACACACACACACAACCACACACACAGACAUACACAAAGAAGUGUAGAAGGACCUCACACGUCUGUCUAUGCCUGUCUGGCUGUUGGUCUAUGCCUCUCUGACACACAAACGCACACACGCAUACAAGCACACACACACACACCCCACACAGUCAGUCACAGUCCGUCAUAUAGGUGAGUCAAUCUAUGAAAAAAAGGGCUUAACCCCAAAAAAAUUUAUACAAAAGGUUUUUCAAUGGAUUCUCGUAGUAUUUGGUGUGCUGAAUAACAUACUAAAAGUAUACAAAAAUAUACCUCCCAGAAAGCCCUAAAUUUCCAAGAUGGCGUCCGAAAUGGCGGCGGGGAGCUUGAAAUGGCUAUAUCUCAAAAUGAGAAAAAUGUUGCAAAGGAAUUGUCAACUGAUUGUGGUACCUCUGGACAUGCUUACGAACAUACAACAAAUCUAGGAAAAUACACCAUCCCUAAAGGCUUCAUUUUCAAGAUGGCGUCCAAAAUGGUGGCCGGCCAAGCUAAAAAUGGCUAUAUAUCUCAGAAAGAGAUUAUUCGAAUGAUUUUUUACUUGAUUCUGGUACCUGCAAAUAUGCUUAUGAACAUACUAACAAUCUAGGAAAAUAUACCUCCCAGAAAGGCUUCAUUUUCAUAAUGGCGUCCAAAAUGGUGGCCAGGAGUUUAGAAUGGCUAUAUCUCAAAUGGAAAAUGUUACAAAAGAAUGUUUCAACAGAUUCUGAUACCUCUAUACAUUAGGAACGUGCGACAAAUCUAGGUAAAUAUAACUGCUAGAAAGGCAGGGGAAGAGACACUUACUUGAAACAGCUGCAAAACUCAUAAAAAGUGACAUGACAAAUGUCCCACCUGUUAAUGAGUACCCGACUACAGACAUACUCAAACUCCAAAAUGCCCUUGAUUAUAUUCCAAAAUCACUCCAUAUUGUGUUAAAAGCUUUGUUUGUCGUAAUGAGACAGAGCAGAAAAUUGCUAGCAUUGGCCACGCAAUUGUACAAGCAGCUGUAAGCGAGAUGUACUUCAGGGUGGCCACGGGGUAUUAAAAAGUCUUAAAAAGUCGUAAAUCAAUUUCAAAUAAGGCCUUAAAAAUUAUUAAAUUGUCUUAAAUUCAGAUUGCAUUGGUCUUAAAUAUUUGUGUGCCAUGUCAGUGCGAAAAUGCGGGCAAUCUGUUCUGCCAGGUCAAAUUUUUUUUUUCCGGUAGCCUGUGCGCUGCGUUGUCUUUGGUUAGGUCAGAGCGUAGACUACUGCGCAGCUAAAGCGUCUACAUACAAGUGAUUAGAUAGCCUAAUAGCUGGCUAGCCUGCUAACUAGCUUUCUAGUCCUGUCAGUGCUAUUUCCCUCCCGCUAGCAAUGUAUUAAUUUUGCCUUACGUUACUGUUGCUCUGAUUUUGGUAGGUGGUCUACCUGUUGCUUUGAUCGCUAACUUGCCACUGUACCUCAAUCCCUGGAAUGCUUUGAGUAGUAAAACACGAACAAUGUGCUAUGUUUCCAUUUUGCACUUUAAUUGCAAAUGUUAUUUUCUUGCUGUCGUUCAAAUGAUCGGAACUUCUUGCAUUUGUUUAGGGCUGAUUCUCGUAGCCUAGAUUUGAGGGGAUAUUAACCCCACCCCCCCGAUUACGCCACUGCCAGGGCUCCUGUUUAUUGGUUUAUCAUCUAGCCAGGGCUCCAGCCUGUUCGUUUAUAGAUUUUGGCGCGAAGACGCCUCACUACGAUAUACCCACUCGACUCUGAAACAUGGGUAAGUGUAAAUUUAAUGAUAAAUGGCUCGAGAAGGACGAGUAUGACUGGUUAAGGUCGGUGCCUGGUAGCGCCUAUGAAGCUCGGUGCACUGUGUGUAAAAAAACCUUCAAACUUGGGACAAUGGGGAUCAGAGCGGUGGAAUCCCAUGUCCAGAGCCAGAAACACAAAGCUUACUCAAAGCACGCCUGCAGCCUACAAUUACUAACUUCUGCUCCACCGCUAGCAAUGAUGUAAUUGACAACGCUAGUGUUGCAAUAGGAAAUCCACAGCCUGUUACAAGCAUGCCAUCUGACCGCGCAAUUUGUGGCUCUACGCAAACACUGCGAGCAGAGGUGAUUUGGGUGAUGAGGACCGUGACAAGCCACCAUUCCUGCAGGUCCAAUGACGGAAUUGAUGACUUGUUUAAAGCGAUGUUCCCAGAUUCUGCCCUUGUACAGUCUUUUACAUGCGGGAAAGAUAAGACCAGAUACGUUGCCAAAUUUGGAUUGGCGCCGUAUAUAAAAAAAGAGCUCGUCAAUGAAGUUCAAAAAUGCGGUGCGUUUGUUGUCAUGUUCGAUGAGACACUGAACCAGACAACCAAAACAAAACAAAUGGACUUUCAUGUGCGUUAUUGGUUAAAUGACCAUGUCCAGUCUAGGUUCUACGGAUCACAGUUCAUGGGCCACGCAACUGCCCAGGACCUACUUCAGCAUUUCAAAGAGUGUGUGCAGCAGCUUGACCUGAGACAUUUGGUUUCUAUCUCAAUGGAUGGACCAAAUGUCAAUUGGAAGUUUUUCUCAAUGCUCCAACAGGAGCAUUCAGAUACAUUUGGAGGUGCCCAGCUGAUUGUGGUGGGGAGCUGUGGGCUUCACACACUCCACAAUUCCUUUAAAAGUGGCUUCAGUGUCUGGCAGCUGGAGAAAGUGCUCAGGGCAUUGCAUACACUCUUGCACAAUACCCCUGCUAGAAGAGAAGAUUUCUGCUCUUUGACCAAGUCAUCUGUGUUUCCCCUACCAUUCUGUGGGCAUCGCUGGAUCGAAAACCUACCCGUUGUCGACAGGGCUAUCACCAUAUGGCCAAUGAUGGUGAAGUAUGUGGAUGCAGUGACACAGAAAAAGCUUCCAAACCCUAGAACAUCCUCCUAUGACACUCUUGCAGAAGCACGGAAUGACCCUCUCAUAAUGGCCAAGCUGCACUUCUUUAUGGCUGUCUCUAGGACCUUCACCACAUUUCUGACUAAGUAUCAGACAGAUGAGCCGGUGAUUCCAUUCAUCGGUAAAGAUCUGGCUGUUCUCUUGAAGAGCCUACUGAAGAGGUUCAUCAAGGCAGAGAUCCUUAAUGAGAUCACAGCACUGCAAAUGGUCAAACUGGACACAACUGCCAAGGAAGCAAGGGCUGGCCUAAAGGCUGUGGACAUUGGAUUAGGAGCAGAAGUAGUCCUAAAGGAACUCCAGAGUAGCCCCAAGAGCAGCGUAGGUGAGCUCAGUACGUUGGCAUUUAGAAAGGACUGCAUGGACUUUAUGACCAAUAUUGUCAAGAAAAUGCAAGACAAGAGCCCACUGAAGUACACCAUUGUGAGGCAGAUGGCAUGUUUGGACCCAACGAGCAUGUUCUCAGACCCCGACUUGUGCUAUGAAAGAAUGAAAGGAGUUGUUCAGAGGUUUCUGCAUGAUAACCAGCUGUCAGGAGGCGCCUCUGCUGGUACUUACGAUUUAAGUCAGAAUGUAAAAAUUUUUGUGGUUUGUCUGUCUAAACUUUUUCAUUGCAUUGAUUUAAAAUAUUUAUAUAUUAUUUUUUGUUAAUCUGUUUUGCAACAGUGAUGUGAUUGUCCAACAAUUUCGAAAUUUCUUGUCUCUGGAGG